CUUGAAACAAGCACCUAGCAAUGUAAUAUAUAUUUAUAUAUGCAUAAGCAGGCCUUCAAAGAAGCCAAACUCGACUCUUUCUCUUCUUCUUCUUCAUAAUCUUAUUGUGUUCUCUGCUUUUCAUGGCAACAUCGUCAUCCUCGACCAUAGGCAUCACAGUUGAAAAAAAUCCCUCAGAUUCCAAGUUAUCUGAAUUGGGUAUCAAGUCAUGGCCCAAAUGGGGCUGCCCUCCGGGAAAGUAUACGUUCAAAUACGAAGCAGAAGAGACAUGCUACUUGCUCAAAGGCAAGGUGAAAGUGUUUUCAAAAGGGUCUUCAGAAUUUGUAGAGUUUGGUGCAGGGGAUCUCGUGAUCAUCCCCAAGGGAAUAAGUUGCACUUGGGUUGUUUCUGUAUCUAUCGAUAAAUAUUACAAAUUUGAUUCUUCCUGAAUUAAAUGAUUAAGCAGUCGAACAACUUUUUGUAAUUUUUUUGUCUAAGGAAUCUGAAACUUUUUGUUAGGUUGAUUCUACAUCACUAGUUAUCAAUUGCAUGGAUGUUAUUCUGGAUAUGUUGAAGAGAAGAACAUGUGCCUUUGACUGAACUUGGUCUCUGGUGCUUUCUUCUUGGCGUUAUUGUCCAUGCAGAAUUUUUACAGAUUGUUAUCUUUGCUUCCAUGUUUAUGUUUGCCUUUUUAACAAUUAAUGAGAAAUAUGAGUUCAUUUUCUAUA